AUGCUUUCAUCGGCAACAGGAGCUCUCGUGCUUGGGCUGGUUGGUCUGGCACAGGGCAUCAGUCUCGGCGGGAAGGGUUACGUCGAUCUGUCGGUGUACGGUUCAAGCCCUGCACAUCUCGGUGCUGGCAUCCUCUAUGGUCUUCCGGACGAUCCCGCCUUCAGCCCCGACAAAGCCCCUGUGCUGCCUUCCAACCUUUUUCCUGGCGCAGGCAUCAACUUUGAACGCGCGGGGGGUGCUCAGACACCGUACAGCGGUUACAAUGGUGGCAACGUCACAGGCUACCGCUACCGUUUCCAGUCGACUCUGCAGAACUACCAGUAUGCUAGUGCUCGGGGCGCUCAAUUUGUCCUCCUGCCUCACGAUCUUUGGGGCGCGGACGCGGCCACGGCCUCGACCAACACGUAUCCUUGCGACAAUGGCGACUGCACGGCCUGGGGAACUUUCCUCGAUAUGCUUAUCUCGGACCUGAAGUCGAACGACAUGCUCAAUGGCCUGCACAUCGACAUCUGGAACGAACCUGACGGCUCCAAUUUCUGGCCUCGCAGCCAGGAUCAGUUCCUGCAAGCGUAUGCCUAUGCACACAACAAGUAUCGAGCUGCUUUCGGAACGAGCGUUCCCUUGCAAGGUCCCACAACUGCUGAACCUGCAAACUCUCAGAGCACGUGGUGGCAGAACUGGGCAUCGUACGUCAAAGCCAACAACGUCAUCCCUGACAUCUACGCUUAUCAUCAGCUGUCAGGCCGUGGGUCUCCCAAUUGCGGUAACGACCCUGUCGUGUCCAACGACCAAUUGAACGAGAUCAAGCGGGCGUAUGGGCUGCCGGAUCGUCCAGUGCAAAUCAACGAGUUCGCAGGCGCGGAUGAACAGACGCCUGCGUACACCGCAUGGUUCUUCGGUCGAUUCGAACGCACCGGAAUCACUGGUUUGCGUGCCAAUUGGGGCAGCAAGCAAGGUCUCCAUGACGAUCUUGCCCGUCUUCUCAUUGUUUCGAACGAUUACCAGACCUUCAACACGGCUGGAGACUGGCACGUGAAUAAUUACUACACGCAGAAACAGAAGGGUCUCAUCACCUUGGCCGGGGCCACGGGAUCAACCUGCUACGACUUGUACGUGACUCAGGACCGUGGCGCCGGCCAGGUGCACAUUUUGGCUGGCACUCGUGGUCAGGACGGUCCCUACCCGAUCACUGUCUCGAACAUUAACAGCUUCCCCGCAUUUAGCGGUCUAAAGAGCUUGCGCGCCCUGGUCCAAGAGAUUCCGUACAACAACGCUGGUGUCGUCAACGGUCCCAUUCUCCUCUUCAACUCUUCUGUCUCGGUCUCCAACAACCAGCUUUUCUACAACCUCAGCAUGAACAAUGACAGCGCUUACACGAUUGACCUCUAUGCCGAGUAG